UGCAGUGAUUUUUUGUCAAGCCUCCAGCCGAAAAAAGUCUGGUUUUGAUUUCCAGUCUUGCCUGCUGGCGCUCUAUUUUCCCGGGGCAAGUUGAAAAUUCACUCCUUGCUGUUAGAAUCUGUUGGCCUUCUACCCAGAAGUAGUUGCAGUACUCGUAAGUCUUUGCUGGCGAACUCAGUGAUUUCCAGUCGUGAGGAUGCCGUUUUUCGGAAAGAAAAAGACCAAGACUUCGGUCAGCAAGGCGGACCAAGCCGAGGAUGCUCAGGCCGCAACUACCGCCGCCGCCGCUUCAGAGGCUCCCAAGUCGGUCGAGGAGCCGACCAAGGUAGCGGAAGCGGAGGAGAAGAAACCGAAAGCCACUGAGCCCGCGCCUCAGGCACAGAAGGAGCAGCAGGCCCCCGCCGCCGGCGGUGCAGCCAUGGGUCCUCCGCCGAAAGAUUUGGCUUUCCCAGUUCAACUGGCGCAUGGCAGUGGCACGAAGAAGGUAAACGACUUCGCCACGGUCAAGCAGCUUUACACGCGGAUUGCACAGGAAUUCUCGAUUGAACAGAAGGACUUGUUCUUUUGCACGCUAGGUACAGAUCGCGUGGACACCGACAGGCUCCUCGGCGGGCAGAUCGGCCUGAAUGACGUCAUCUUCGUGCAUGUGCGAGGCGAGGAGAAACACGUGACCGUUCAUAAACGCGAGGCAGCGCUGGGACUGACAAUUACCGACAAUGGUGCUGGAUGUGCUUUCAUCAAGAGAAUCAAGGAUGGAAGUAUCUCAUCAGAGGUGGCUGAGAUCUGCGUUGGUGACCACAUAGCCGAAGUCAACGGCCGUGAAUUGUUCGGAGUGCGUCACAUCGAGGUGGCCAAGCUGCUCAAGGACAUGCCAGUCGGUGAAGAUUUCACGCUCAAGCUCUACUCGCCGAUGAAGACCCCGUUCAAUGGCAUUGCACCUCGUAAUACCAAGAACACGCUGUCAACGUCGAACACCGAGCUGGGAACCGGCAAACAGACGCUGCGACUCAAAGCAACCGGUCAAGCCACUGUGCAGACCGUCGAUGAAACGAGUUGGACAGUGAAGGCUGCGGAGGCAGUGGAUGACUGCCUUGAGAGUUUCAUGGGCAUUCGCGACAAUGAGCUCGCCGAAACUGCAGUCGAUGCUGCCAAGGCAUCCAGUGGUCUGGAAGAGUUCCGCUCCAAGAUCGACGAAGACCUGGAAGUGUUUGGGUUCCCGGAGUCGUUCGUCGAGGAAAUGUGGUCGAGUAUUCAGAAAAUCAAGGAGGAGGCCACCAAGUGAGCCCAGUUCUGCCCCGGCUGUUAUUCAUGGCAUCUCCUGGCUCUGGCUCUGCUGCGCUGGCACGGGCAGGUCUGCCGGUGGCUCUGAGCGGCAUGCGCUGCGCUCAGAGCGCGUGCUUUUAGUCGCUCUGUGUGAGUGUGUGUGUGUGUGCGUGUUGCCCUGUGCGUCUGCAUGUGUGCUGGAGAUAGCUUAGUGUCCUCGUAUCAUACUUGUCUGGUAACUACUGGUAACUUCCGGAUUGCUAGCUCGCGGGGGUGUAUUGCGACUGCGAGCACAGCUGUUGUCCUGACCAUCUGCAAGCUGAGCUGGCGUCGCCGAUUUUGGCGUCCCGCUUUCUGGUGGCACAUCUCGAGUGAGCGCUUGGCCAGCUGUUUACUCUCGCUAUCGUCUGCAGACGGCGUGGCUGGCUAGUCAUCUCUCUCUCUCUCUCUCUCUCUCUCUCUCUCUCUCUCUCUCUCUCUCUCUCUCUCUCUCUCUCUCUCUCUCUCC